AUGGCCGCCGCCCAGUCUCCCUCGCCAGACCCUUGGGUUGUUGUCGCCUCUCCCGAGGACGACGACGAUGCCAACUACGAGGUCACCGGGGUCUUCGCGCACGUCGCCCGCUUCAUCCCGUGGUUCCGCAAGCCGCGUCACGUCCUGCUGUUCAAGAUGGAUGUCAUGCUCGUUCUCUGGAUGUUCAUCGCCGGCCUCAUGAAAGAGAUGGACCAGUCCGCCACCACGCAGGCAUACGUCUCCGGCAUGCGCGAGAGCCUGAGUCUUUACGGCAAUGAGCUCGUCAUGUUCAACACCUUCUUCUCCAUCGGCUACGCGCUCGGCCUUGUUCCGGGACAGCUCAUCCAAACCAGGAUCAGGCCGUCCAUCUUUCUCCCCAUUUGUGAGGUCUGUUGGGGUUUCUUGGUCUUGUUCACGUACAAAGCGAAGAAUGCACAAACAAUUUAUGGCCUUCGCUUCUUCCUCGGUCUGCUCUCCGCUUCCUUCUGGCCCUCGCUCGUGUCCCUCCUCUUCAAUUGGUAUAAGCCGUCCGAGCUCGCGGUCCGCCUUGCAUUCUGCACGGCGUCAGAUGUCGCAGGAGCCAUGUUCCUGAGCAUCCUCCAAGCCGCUCUGUACCGCAACAUGGAGGGUGUCCACGGUCUUCGCGGCUGGCAGUGGCUUUUCAUCAUUGCCGGCGCGGCCACCAUCGGCCAGGGUCUCCUCGCCUUCCUGUCCAUCCCCGACUCCCCCGCGACCACCCGAGCGGUGUACCUGAGCGAGGCCGAGAAGGACCUCGCGCGGAGGCGCAUGGCCAGCUUCGGCGCCAGGACGAGCACCCUUGUCAACGCGGCCGUGCUGCGAAGGAAGCUGCGGCAGCUCAUUGUGCACCCCGUGACCUGGUUCUUCCUGCUUGCCUUUGCGCUGACCGCGUGGGCGCACCGUGCCAACGCCUACUUUGUGCUGUACCUCGAGAGCAUAAAGGACGCCGACGGGAACAGGGUCUACAGCGUCUUCCAGGUCAACGUGCUCCCACUCGGCGGCUACGCGCUUCAGAUCAUCACGAACAUUGGCCUCAACGCCCUCUCGGACCGGAAGCACUGGCGGUGGCAGAUUAGUAUUGGCAGCGCGGCGUACUACGCUGUGAUUCUCUCCGUGCUGUGCGCAUGGCCACCGAAUGACAAGGUGGUGCUGGCGUUCUACUUCCUCACCUACAGCACGUACGCCGGCUCCUCGUCGCUCAUGGCGUGGAUGGCCGAGCUCAUGCGCAAGGAGCCCGAGGCACGGUCCAUAAUCGUCGCGUUGACCGUCACCAUCGUUUACGUGGGCCACGCAACCAUCCCGUUGCGGGCGUUCAGGGUCGCGGAUGCGCCGCGGUAUCCCAUUGGUUUUCCCAUGGUCACGGCCAUGACGGUGGCAAGCAUCUUGGUGCAGUUCGGGUUCCUGUGGUGGGACAGGCGCCACCCUGGGAUCGCGGAGCACGGCUUCGACAGGCCCGGCUCUGACGAAGAGAGCACAACAGGACUGGAGGACAUUAAGAUUGGUGCUUCCAAGGAUAAUAAGUAG